GGCUGAGCCGCGCCGGGAGCCCCGCGCCGCCCCGCCAUGGCCCCCCGGGCCGGCCCGGGGCUGGGGCUGGGGCUGGGGCCGGGGGGAGCCCGCCGCGCCCCGUAAGGCGGCCCCGACGGGAGGCUCCGCAGCAUGGGGGACCCGUCGCCGGCGCCCGCCGUGGCCGCGAGCGCGCGGGCGGAGGACAUCGAGGUGCUGGAGCCCGCCGAUGCGCUGCCCAUGGCCGCGGAGGACCACUGGAAAGCUCUGUUCGAUCAGUUCGACCCUGAGAGCACUGGAUACAUCAGCACCGAGAGAUUUCGAGGCCUCCUUCAACGGCACGGCUCCGAGCUGGACCCGCACAAGCUGGAGGUUCUCUUGGCUUUGGCAGACAACAAUUCUGAUGGGAAGAUCUGUUAUCAGGACUUUGUCAACCUGAUGAGUAACAAAAGGUCGAAUAGCUUCCGCCAAGCUAUUCUGCAGGGGAACAGGAGGCUGUGCAGCAAGGCGCUGCUGGACGAGACAGGACUAAGCCUGUCCCAGCGCCUGAUUCGACACGUUGCGUAUGAAACCCUGCCCCGCGAGAUAGACCGAAAGUGGUACUAUGACAGCUAUACCUGCUGCCCUCCACCCUGGUUCAUGAUUGCCAUCACCAUUGUAGAGGUUGCCUUUUUUCUUUACAACGGAGUGGUGCUGGACAGAUUUGUGCUGCAAGUCACCCAUCCUUUAUACCUAAAGAACUCACUGGUUUAUCAUCCUCAGCUCCGUGCUCAGGCCUGGAGGUACCUAACCUACAUAUUCAUGCAUGCAGGGAUAGAGCACCUUGGACUCAACGUCGUGCUUCAGCUUCUGGUUGGGGUUCCUCUCGAGAUGGUGCAUGGAGCACUGAGGAUUGGCUUUGUCUAUCUUGCUGGAGUUGUGGCGGGUUCCCUGGCGGUAUCAGUAGCUGACAUGACUGCACCGGUGGUGGGUUCCUCUGGAGGGGUUUAUGCGCUCGUAUCUGCCCAUCUGGCUAACAUAGUAAUGAACUGGUCUGGAAUGAAGUGCCAAUUCAAGCUGCUGCGCAUGGCUGUUGCCUUGAUCUGUAUGAGCUUUGAAUUUGGAAGGGCGGUGUGGCUGCGGUUCCACCCAUCUGCAUACCCUCCCUGCCCACACCCGAGUUUUGUCGCCCACUUGGGUGGCGUGGUGGUUGGAAUCACAUUGGGUGUAGUCAUCCUAAGGAACUAUGAGCAAAGACUCCAAGACCAGUCCUUAUGGUGGAUCUUCCUUUCCAUUUAUAUCAUCUUUGUGUUGUUUGCUAUCUUCUGGAAUAUUUUCGCCUACAGCUUAUUGGAUCUGAAGCUACCUCCACCUCCUUGAGGGAACAGGAUGAAGGAUGUUGGAGAGCAAAAGACUUUCCAGCCACCAGCUCUGUUAAAUGAAUCAUGACUUAACAUUUAUUUUUCUAUGAAGCUUAGGGGGAUGAGCUAACAGUCUUCUGAGAAUGCACGGAGAUGUCUGACACAGAUCCCGUCUGACUGUACUGUAUGCUGAAGGAGACAAUUUAAGCAAUGACUUGGCUAUAGAACUGGCCGGAGAAAAGUCAGGGCAUGAGUCCUACAGGUACUGUAACUUUCAGUCUGGCCCUGACCCCACAGCCUCUCCGUUGUGGGUAAUCCCAUGAGGAAGGGCUGUGAGAUAGGCCUGAGGUAUAUAACUGGGCACUUACCACUCAGUUUAUUAACACAUACGUUGACUUUGUGUUUGAGUUACCUAAGUACUUGAGGUGGUGCUGGACCUCUGGCCAGUUGGUUUGUGAAGCUCCUGAACUGAACUGCACAGUAAAAGAGCACACUUUGCUAUCUCGAAACUCACAGGAAACUCAUGAGGCAGCUUUGAUUUGGUUUGACUGUUCAACCAUACCACUGCCACUGUUUUAUUACUUGAAUGGUUGCUUAAAUAUGUAGUCUAUGAUAAAAUCUGUCGUAAGCACCUUCCAAAAGGGAUCAGUAGAACUUGGUCAUCUGGGGUGUGGGAGGUUGGUCUGCAAUUCAAGGUCAAACAAAAUUGCACUAGAAGCCUUGGAUACUUUACAGUAGCUGCUAAAGAGAUGCCUGGUUGGAGGUGGCUCUUACCUUCUGUGCAUACUCCACUUGAUUUGCACAACCAGUUGCAGUAAACAAUGUUUUUUCUUUGCUGGGACAGGGCAGUCCAUUGUUUGCUAACAUUUGAUUACAUUGCAAACUGGUUGGCAAUUGAGUUAUGUUGUCUUCUCGCCUUUCUUUUUGGUUGCAGUCUAAAGCCCUGGCUGCAGUGUGUUUAGAGAGUCAUAACUCCUCUAGCAGAUGGUGCUUCAGCUCUGCCAGAAGAGUGGGACCAGGGUUUCUUACACCAGUGUAAGCAAGAACUGUCCAAGCUGUCAAGCCAUUUUAUAAACCGUUCAAUCUGCGAGGGGCCAAAUUUAUCCACUGAAGUCAGUGGAGUUACUCCAGGGAUGUCUUGGGCACUCAUUCUCUACCCAAGUGUUUCAUCUUUGGCAUGACAAUGGCUGGUAAACUCCUGAGGGCGGCUGUUGCGUGUGGGCACAGAGUCUUGCCUAGAUGACGGAACUUCAGGGGUUCUGAGCAACAGUUAGUUGCAAUGCCUUUCUUGCGUAGUUGUAGGUAGGCUCUACCUUUUUAUAGGUUUCUAACCAGUCGAUAGCACACUAUGUAAUGCAGCAGGCCUCAUUGUCUGAUACCCCCUGCCUGUACAGACCAGGAGACAUAUUUUAGAACAUGAGCCAUGCUUUACACACAGGUAUCUGGUAAGGUGCUUACAUUACAUAUGUCUCCGCUCACUUUAACCAAUUAAACGCACAGCAGCCAAAACAAAAACAACAGUCCUGGAAGGUUGGAAGUUUUUCACCCAUUCUCAUUUGCCCUUCUUUCCUCUGGCUCCUCCAUAAUCCUGGAAUACACAAUUAGGAGGACUGUAGACCAGGGGUCAGCAACGUUUUUGGCUGGAGUACCAAAAACACCCCAACCUCCAUCUGUGCCUUGGCUUGGCAUGCCAGAGGCAGGGGAGAUGUGAGGGGCCCGAUCCACAUUGCUGGCAGUGGCUGCACAUGUGCCUCCGGGCGGGCAGCAGGGGAGGGUGGCACUGCCCCAGCACCUUCCUUGCCCACUGCUGCCAUGGAGCUGGUGCUGGGGCUCCGGAGCCUGGCACAGCUGUUUACAGCCUGUCCACCACCUGCUGCAGCUGCCCAGAGCCUGGACCAGCUAUGGCAGGCAGCCAGGAGGCUGGAAAUAGCUGUGCCAGACUCCACAGCCCCAGUAUGGACUCCAUGGUGGCGGCUGUGUGGGUGCCUCUGGGCACACAGCUGGGAAGGAGCCUGGGGCACCACAAUCCUGGUCCCUCCCCAAGGUGCAUGGGCAGCUGCCACCACGACGAAGCCAGGUUGGGAACCCCAGUACAGCAGUUUGCAGCCUUCUGGCUGCUUGCCACAGCCAGCCCAGGCUCUGGACAGCUGCAGCAGGCGGCAGGCAGGAUGCAAACAGCUGCAAUAGGCACCACAGCACCCAGCACUGGCUCUGUGGGCAGACAGCAGAUGUGGAGCCAGGGUUGCACUGCCCUCAGGUCCCUUAACAGCAUGUGCUGGAGCUGUGCAUACAGCCGCCAUAGCCACAGAGCUGGUGCCAGGGCUAUGGAGUGUGAUGCAGAUGUUUGUAGCCUCCCAGGUGCAGCCGGCUCAGACUCUGGGCAGCUGCUGCCUGCCACAGAGCCCGGGCUGCUUACAGCCUCUGGGCCGCCUGCUACGAGCAGCCUGAGCUUCAUGGCUGGUGGCAGCUGCCCAGAGCCCAGGCCACAUGGCAUGCUGAGGAAAAUAGCCUUGCAUACCAUGCCCUGGCACAAGUGCUGGGGGUUGUCAAUCCCUGCUCUAGCUUGUCCUCCCAUACAGCGCAAACCAUAGAAUUUCAUCAGGGUAACAGCUCAUCUUGCAGAAUUUUUUCUCAAUAUCUUUUUUAAAUAUUCCAGCCAAAGCCAUUGUUUUGAUCAAUUAAAUGCAACAUUGUCACGUUGGAAAGGCUCUUUUGGGCAGGAGGCCAUUUCCCAUCACAAUAGUGAUGACUGGGAAGUGUUUGCCUGGCUCCAUUAUCACUGUUCUUCCUUCUCCUGAGCUGGGGAGAACAGUCAUGACACUCCUCUGUGUUACCAGGUCUGGAGCCCUGCCAAGCCAUUUCCUCAUCUCUGCCAGAAGGUGAGUUUACACGGUCUGGUUUGGGCAGUUUGGUAUCCAUUUAACUGGAGCUGCUGUGGUGGGGAUGUGUUGUCCUUUCAUAAUGCCUCUUAAUUCAUAGGCUUUAUUCCUUGACCAUCUACCUAAGACAGUGACUGAUGCUAUAAGUACUACAGGCUGGGGGUGCAGCCUCUUUUGAAGCAUUUACAGUAACACCCAUCACAUGGGUGACUGGUGCCUCCAGAGUCUGGGGGGGCAUCAGCAGCUGAUCGCCAACUGGGGUGGGGGGGGUCCCCCAGCGGCUGAUCACAGCACCAACAGCAAAACCAGAUUGCUGGCUGGCACCAAUCUCAGGGGGGGCACCAGCUGGUGCUUCACUCAGCGCCCCCACUCCCUGGCCAACAAGGGACAAUCUCAGGGGGGGCACGUACCCCCUCCCCUGCGCAUCGCCUGUGAUCCAUCAUCUGUUGUUUCAGUCUGCUUAUCUCUUUGGAUAAAGCACUCUGGUAAAACUGCUGCUGAUUUCAGUGGGGCAGAGUUUCCCUCAUCUUUUAAGAGCAUGAUGCAAGCCUCUAUUUACAUGCCAAGGCAGCUUUUUUUGCCCCCCUGCCCUUCCCUCAUGUACAGUGUAUGGAAGUUUUGAAGAGAAUCACCACAACCCAAAAUGUGUUCCUCUUAGUCUGACACACCGUGUGUAGGACCCAAUUCAAGCAGCUGGAUUUCAAACUCCAGGGCCAUCAAUCUCCUCCAGGCACGGGCUAAAAUACCCACCUGCCAGCCCAAGAGGAAGAAGACAGACCGGAGAUUCCCUGCAGCUCAAGAGUCUCUUUCCAGUCUCUCAUCUGUCUGCACAGCUCCCCAGAGCCCCUCAGGGCAGCCUGCCCUGAGUCCUUGUACCCUUUGUUCUGCCCCUCUGCCCUGCCCCCUGCCCCUCUGUGUUUAUUCUUUGCCUUCUGUGAUUUCUCUACUUUUCACCUCUGUAGUCCCUCCCUCAUUCAAGGGCUAACUGUUCCUGUGGUGAGCUCUGCCAACUGGUCCCAGCUACCAAGUAAACUGGUAUAGAUGGAGAAACUAAAGCAUUUUACAUUCCAGUUCCUCAAGGGUGGAAUUCACUCACCGACCAGCAAAGGAUGAUCAGAUAAUCCUGCACUGCACACCCUGUGACUCCUGUGUCAUCAGCCAGGAGUCCCCCAUGGAGAUCAGAGGCAGCACUACUCAGGCUGAGGUUAUUUCCUCCGUAAACAAUUCUGUUUUAAUAUUAACCAUUAAAUAAUCCAACUGUGCAAGCUCUUUAUUUUCUCAGAAAUCCACCAGAAGCUACGUUACAUUCUCUCUUAAAUUCACCCAACUGUGCCAGAAUAUCACAGCGUCAAGGAGUGAGCAGACGGUAGAUAUUCUUUUACCUCCAGAUGCCCUUGAUGUUGGUCGUUUAUGUCAGAGCCUUAACAGUCUUCUGUCCCAGUUGCUUGUGGAUUAAUUGUGUGACUUACAGUGGCUCUUAUCAGUUCAUGAACGAGCAAUUUACAUAGUGAAUUGAUUUUUGUUUUAUUAUUUCAUCUGCUGCCAGAAUUUCACAUUGUACAGCUGAACAAAAUGUGACUCUGUUGAACCUUACAGUUAUUUAAAGGCAGAGAGAAAGAGAGGGAUUGUUAUAAUCAACAUGGAGAUUGGAAGCUAAUGAUCAUAUAUUAGAGCAAAUUUCCUCCUGUGCUUAGUAUCCUUCGGCAGGUUUUGCAGGGUGAAAGGAGGUGGCUGGAACCUGGAAGAGCUGUUUCCAUGCUGUACUUUAAUUUCACAGUGGACUGCAGUACAGCUACAGUACAGGGCUGGCCAGCAUCAAGUUUAUGGUAAGAGGCAUGAAACUAAGGAUGCUGGUUGUAUUGCUCCUCGAGGGACAUCUGCUGGCCAACAGCUGCUGGUCUUAUGCAGCAUUAUGCCGAUGGCUUCUUCACCAGAGGAAAAUAAAGCUGAAGAGUGGCAAAGAACAGCCACCCAGAAUGAUGGAUACCUGCAAACUCCAGGACCAAGGAGUCAGCAAAGGUUACAUCUCUUGUUCCUCGAUUCUUGGGUCCAGAGAUUUUUUGGUUUGCUUGUUUUGCACUCAUUGGUAAUAAUAAAAGAAGAUGGGCCUCUGGGGAGUGAUUGGAGAUGAUGUCACUAGAAAUAACCUCUAAACGUGGUUUACAACAGAAGAGGGAGAGACUUGCUGAAUUAACUUGUACUGAAUUUUUGAUGGGUCAGCAUCCAACGUCUUUCUUCCCAUCAGUCGAUAAUACUAUUUCACACAGAGCACGUUAUACACAUUUAUUAAUCUUCACUUAUGUUGUGGCACAUAAGUAUUUUAUCCUAUUUUAUUAAUAUAGAAACUGAGGCCAGGGUAGGUAUAAUUUGUCCACGGUGACUAAGCAAGACAUGGUCAGAACUGGGACUAGAACUCAGGGAUCCUGUAUCCCAGGACUAUGCGGUGUCCUGUGGAUCUACCUGACCCCUUUUUUUAAAAAAAGAGUGGAAAAGUUGGAUUUUAACUUAUACAUGACAGAUGAACUCCUACACACCAGUAAAACUUAAUACCAAACCAGUGGCCAUCUCACAAGGUCAGCUGACCAAACUCACAAUACUUUCACUACUUUGUGCCAACAUGGGAUCUCACAAGAGUUUGAAGUAGGAUUUCUGAAAGUACCUAAGGGAGUUAGGAGCACAAGUGCCAUUGAUUUACAAUGAGACCUGAGCUCUUAACUCACUCAAGUGACUUUGAAAGUCCUACCUUUUUACUUAACUUGAAUUUUAACUGGAAAGUCUUCUUCACCCAACCCAGAACCAACACCAUAAACCCAGUGAUCCAAAGGCCAGCACAUAAAAGGGUCUGGUCCUGGUUCUGGGCUCUUUCUUUAUGCUAUGGUCAUUCUUUUAAAACAGAGUGGCAGCCCUAGGAUACUGGGCAGCAUAGCUUAAAAAGUCCUAAUGCAAAGUACUGUUACCUGCAUAGCACAGCCUGGAGAUUUUGAGCUUGUUGAAAAUGAAGGCAAUAUCGUCGACUGUUCUAUAAAGGAAUAAUCACAUGCAAAGCAAAAACAAACUGGUUUGAAGGUAAAUGUAUAUUUAAUGUCAUCAUUAAUCAUUGGUUUUUAAUUGGAAAAAGGUUCUUAAUGAGGUUCUUUAAAAUGCCAGAUCACAGAACAGAAAAUUUAUAUUACCGAGCACUUUACAACACAGAACAUGACAAAUUCCACAGACCUGAUUUAUACAGCAAAGAUUCAUUAAUUUCCAAGGAGUUUAAUAGAUACAUUAGUCACUGAGUGUGUCCCAACUCCCCCACAGUGUCUGUUUAGUUUGCAAAUAAAGAUUGAUGCAGUUUGAUUUGCUUUUGCUUCCCCCAUUUAUGUUAACAACACCUCUGGGUGUUAGCCAUAGAGCACCAAACAAUGGAAUUAUUUGCCUUAAAAAUGCUAAACAAAUGUUGCUUUCCCAUCAAGGGCUAGGGGAACAAAAUGACAAUUGCAAGGUAAUGCGCUGUGAUAUCUGUUCCCACAUAUUUUUGUAUUGUGUACAUCCUGUAUAUUUUUGUUGCAACAAAUAUUAUUUGAGCACAGAGUCCAUUAAAGGUUUUGUUGAGGUUUUUUUGGUUCAAAUCAAGCUGGUUAAUGUAACAUGCCUAAAAAAGAAAAAAGAAAACCCCCUUGCAAAGGUGGAUUGUAUUUUAUAAGUAUGUCUAUAAUUAAAUAAUGAGUAAGAAUGGGAGUGAUUCGAUUCUGAACUUUGCCACCUAAUAAUUGAAUUAAUUUUACUGCUCCUUCUUAGUGUCUGAUAAAAGGGAAAAACUGGG